GUGGGGGGUAGCGGAUGGAGCAGUGGGGGCCGGAGCUCGCGAGGAAUCAGUUGUCCAGACCUGCGCUAAGGUUUCCUUUUUCGAGCAAGUGGCAGCCAUUGAAUCAUAUUGAAAUUUCCCGUUGUUGCUGCGCAACGUCAUAUUCGGUUUUCAAGAUUUAACGAUUCUGUGGAAACUGAAAAAUGUCUGUCAAGGGUCUGGCUGCAGCAAUUAUUGAGUUUUUGACUCAACAAUUGGAGGACGGAAACAUCACCGAAGAAUCUAGGGAGAGCCUCGAAGUAGCCAUACAAUGCCUAGAAAGCGCUUAUAAUGUCCAGGGGUUUGUUGUUCCAACAAAUUUUAAUUUACUCGAGGUAUAUAAAAAGACAGUUGAAUCCACGAAAGCUCAGCCAGCUAAGGAGGCUAUGCCCGAAGAAAAAGCUGAAGCAGAGAGAUUGAAAAAUGAAGGAAAUGCUUACAUGAAGGCCGAGAAACACCAAGAAGCUAUCGCCAGCUAUACAAAAGCUAUUGAAUUGAAUGGUGCAAAUGCUGUGUAUUACUGCAAUCGAGCAGCAGCGUACAGUAAAAUUGGCAAUCAUGAACAAGCGAUUAGCGAUUGCCAAGCUGCGCUGACCAUUGAUCGCACUUACAGCAAAGCAUAUGGACGACUAGGAUUAGCAUACUCUAGCCUAAAUAAACUUGUAGAUGCUGGAAUUAGUUAUAAGAGAGCUCUAGAAAUGGAGCCCGAUAACGAAAGUUAUAAAUAUAAUUUGCACGUGACUGAAGAAAGAAUUCGAGAGCAAAGUCGAGGUUUUAACAGUUUCGAGGAUAUGAUUGACAUUGCGCUAUCUAAUCCAGACUUCCUCAGAGCUUUUCAGAGGUCAACGAGUAGCACAACUAAUACAAGAUUCCGAUCCCGAACUUUUGGAGAUAUUGAUGCGACAAAUGGGAAAUAAUCCGAGUAAUCCUGAACCAUCACAACAGAAUUAAGAUAACUGCGAGGCUAACUGUUUAAGGCGAUAUUCAUAUGAAUAUAUACUAUAAAAAUUUUUCUUUAACUUAUCUAUUACAUAAAUCCGAACGACUUGUCUUUUAGAUAUGUACCGAGGUGGUAUUAUAUGCAAAACAUUCGGCGAUAACGGUAAAAAAGGAAUGAAUAUUUUCUGGAUAGGAUGGCUCUCUAAGGGCAUAUGAAUUGCUAUUACUGUUUAUGCUGUACAACGUGUCGUUAAAUAUGUAUUUUAAUUACUGCUCAUUUGUAUCACGUUACGAUAUAGAUAUUGUUAUCACUGUUUCCUUUAACAAUCAUUUUUAGUAUGAUGAAAAAUCGCAUAGUCAAAAGAAUUAAAAAGUAAAAAUACAUUAAUAUCAAUCUUCAUCAUGCUAUCGCUACAUGUACAUCGUUUCGUUAUUUGGAACCGAUAAAAGAAAUGUAUGCCAAUCAAGAAGACACAUUGAAAAAUUUACGAGAUAAUAUUCUUCCGUAAUAUUUGUACAUUUAUAAAAACGUACUAAAUAUACGACGAAUCGAAUCAUUCUUUCCAAAACAUUUACAGUUCAUGUGACAUUUUUAUAAUUGUCUAAAUCUAAAAAUAUAAUUUUAUCUAUACAUUAUGGAAUACAGCACUGUUUUCCUUAAAGUUGAAAAAAAAGUGAAUAUAAAGAAUUA